AUGGACCAAUACCUUCGAUGCAACAAUCAGGUCAACGGUGGACUCUGUCGAGCCGUGCUCAGACACGAGGCCAUUGUCACCACUUGCGCGCAAGUGCCCUGUCGUGUCUCUACUGGAUUCCAUCUGACAUCGUCUAGACACAUCUUCUGCACCCACUGCGCCGACAAGACUGGAUUGACCGGCACUCCACAAGAGCAGCGUCAGUGUCCCGCUUGCAAAAGCGACCUUCCGAAUCCUCAUGACGUUGUCCGUAACCUUUCGAGGCCGCCGGACGACUACAAGACGAGCGUCCUUGCUGGUCUUGAUCCCACUACCAUUGUCGAGUGUGCUCAGAAAGCAUUGAAUUUCUGGACAUACCAAAACACUCAGGAGCACGCCUAUCAACAGUGCAUUGCGAAACACCUGAUGCAAAAAUGUCAACAGCUCAGGACCGACGCUGACAGAAUUGUCCAUGAUGCCAACACCCGUAUUGAAGCAUUGGAGGCUCAGGUCCAAGGCACGCACAAUCCUACCGUGACAUACUGGAAUGGUGCUGACGUCUCUACGGACCUCAUCAGUGAUCGACAAUCAAUGGACCAGAAAUAUGCCGACCUCUUCCGUCAGUAUCAAGAAAAGAGCAAGAAACAACAACAGACCCAAAAGCUUUACGACGCUAUCAAGCAAAAGGUGCAGGUGGAAAAGAUGGGCGUCGUUGCCAACAAUGACGUUGACCACACGCUUGAUUCCAUCCGUGUUAUACCUCCACUUGACGAGGUGCAGCAUGACCGGGAGUCAAGGCAAGGCUUCCGUGUACCUGAACAUCGCGAAACGGUAGAAAGGGUGAUUCAACAGUAUAUGCCAGUGCAAGGAGAGCUCGAGCGUCUACAUCCGCAUCAACGCUCCGGGAGCAGUGUCGCUGGUAGUCAGGUUGACCACCUGAAGAUGCCACCACCAGGAGGACCGCGAGCCUCGAGGAUUCCAAACCUUGUCACCUCGGGCACGCCUACGUCUAGAGCAACCUUACCAGCUAUCACUCGUCUUACCGUCAACCGUGCGCAGAUCCCGACCUCGGCUUCUCGCCCUGGAUUUGCAGCUGGGCAAACACUGACGGGCUCAUCUCGUCGCCAACCAAACCAAGCAACUAAGAUGCCAGGCUCUGCGCAGAACUCUAGUGCAGUGCGAUUCGGGUCGAAAUUUGGUGGGGCGGGAAUCGCUGGAUCUCUUGACGGAUAUCAACAUCACGAUCAUCAUGCUAAUUCACCCAUCCAGCACGUCGUAGUCUAG